UCCGUAGAGAGUGGAGGUCGCUUCUUCGGCGCUCGCCAACGGGAGAAACGUGCGCGCGAGUCAGCCCCGCCAAGAGAGUCGCGUCGCGCUGCCCACCGUAAAGUAUAUCUCGCGGGAGCGUCGAGUCAAGGGACGACGUCGAGUGUGCGGUCGGAGGACGUCGCGGGGCGCGCGGGAGCAGAGGACACGGAUCGUAUCGGUGCCGGGGAGUGAUAUGACGAGUCGGCGACGGAUCGUCGUCGAGUGAUCGUCGGGCGCGUCGCGCACAUGUGCCGGGCCUAGCGGAGCGCCUCGCGUCCGCGGCGACGUAGGUGCGGAAUCCCCGCGCGUUUCGGGGACCUCGGAGGGCGCGCGCCCCGUCCGUUGACGUCUCGCCCAGUACCAGAAACGGACGUCAAGCUGUACGGGCACAGGGAGGAAGACAUGCUUACGAUGGAGACGGACCUGAAGGGCUGCAGCCUGCACGGGCAGAUGCCUCCGCAUCCCCAUCAGGGGGUCUCGCCGAUAGGCCACCACGCCGGAGUGUCGCCGUACGGGGCCCUGGGCUCGAUCGUGCACAGCCCGGCCCUGUCGGGCAGUCCGCCGAGCGGCGGCGGUCUGGGAGGCCUGGGAGGCGGCCUGCAGCACCACCACCAGACGCCGCAGCACCACUACGCCUCAAUGCAGGCGGCUCAGCAGCAGCACCAGCAGCACCAACAGCAGCAGCAACAGCAACAGCAGCAGCAACAGCAGCAGCAGCAGCAACAACAACAACAGCAGCAGCAGCAGCAGCAGCAGUCCAUGCACUCGCUGGCCGCCCAGCAAACCGCUCAGCACCACCCGCACCAGCAGGGCCAGCAGCCCCAGCACCACCAGGCGCCCAACAACAACAACAACACCAGCAAGAACAACAACAUCGACCGGGUCAAGAGGCCCAUGAACGCCUUCAUGGUCUGGUCCCGCGGCCAGCGGAGGAAGAUGGCCCAGGAGAACCCGAAGAUGCACAACUCCGAGAUCUCGAAGCGACUGGGCGCCGAGUGGAAGCUCCUCAGCGAGACCGAGAAGCGGCCCUUCAUCGACGAGGCCAAGCGGCUCCGGGCCGUCCACAUGAAGGAGCACCCCGAUUACAAGUACCGCCCACGCCGGAAGACCAAGACCCUGCUCAAGAAGGACAAGUUCCCCCUGGGAGGCGCCGUGGCCGGCGUCGGCGGCAUGCUGGGCGUCGACCAGAGGCAGGUCGGCGGCGCCGGGCCCCAGCAGGCCCAGCUCCCCCGCGACGUGUACCAGAUGCCGAACGGCUACAUGCCCAACGGGUACAUGAUGCACGACCCCACCGCGGCCUAUCAGCAGCACGCCUACGGGGGCCACAUGGGCGCCGCGGCGGCCGCCGCCGCCGCCGCCGGGUACCCCCGGUACGACAUGGGACACCACAUGGGCGGCGGCAGUCCCAGCCCCAUCAACAGCUACAUGAACGGGUACGGCGGGUACGGGGCCGCUGCGGCCGCGGCCGCCGCCACCGUCCCGGCCGGCUCGCCCUCGCCCUAUCACCAGGCCCAGCCCGGCUCCCAGAUGUCCAGCCACAGUCCCAGCGGAAGCAGCAUCAAGUCCGAGCCCACGAGCCCCGCGAGCGGCGGCGGCGGCAUCCACACCCCAACCCCCACCGGCUCCUCCGCCACCUCCGGGGUCGUGAAACGGGAGUACAUGUCCCAGCAGCAGGGACAGCAGCCCCAGAGUGACCUGCGCCACAUGAUCUCCAUGUACCUGCCCCAGGGCAGCGAGCAGGGCGUCGUCCAGCACGGGGCCGGCGUCUACUCGCCGGGACCCUCGCCGGAUCCUCUGGCCCAGCACCACUCGGCCGUGCCUCCUCUCACGCACAUGAUAGCUUAGAGACGAUGCUGGACGGAGGUUGGAGGACCACGGGAGAUUUUCCAAUUUCUCCGAUGGACGGGGGCGAGAGGGGAGGGAGCGAGAGUCAAAAUGGCGCGGAUUUGAGAUUUUGGGAGCUUGCCCGAGGGUACCGGGAUUUCGGAGAGUCCUUUGGGAAAUGGGUCUGGUGACGAGACUUUUUCACGAUUCUCGACCGACGGCCCCCGCGACCCGACGAGCUCCAGAGAUUUCGACGACCACCCGAGCAUGUUGCCCGUGCAUCCCCGUGUGCGGUUACGCGCAUAACCCGGCCACGUUUACGCGGGUUCCCUUGGACAUUUGUACGCGUUAUGUUGUAUUUACGAGAUACUCGCCACGACGUUCUCCUCGAGUAACCGCUGUGAUAACCAUGAAGGAUACCCCGUGAACCGAGACCUCGCCUAUGGGGAGGAACGCUUCGUCGACGAUUUCGAGACCGGCGACGCGAGUCUGGGAAUUUCGACCGAAAUCCCUCUAGGGAGGUCCCAGAUUCCUCGGGGUGCUUCCGUUACGUUUUUUUAAGCACCCUGGGUCCUCGCAAUCGGUACGCAAUUUCGCCAUCUGGACCGCAAACGGCGGGUAUAGAGGAAAUGGUCUCUUCACGCGUUAAGACCCAAGAUGGCGCCGGUCUCGGAAGUGUCGGCGACGCUUCGGUUACGUCUCGACGUUGGGACGAACUCGUCUCGUCUUUAUUAGACGUUGCGAGGUGCUCGGUGACUUUUUUUUUUUUCUCACGGUCCAUUAGGAGGACAGGGUUCGUCUCUAAGAUGGAGUGAACGCGGAGAUUCGCUGUCUUAUUUGUAUAAAUUUUAUUUCGCCCGUUUCGAAUCGCUCGAAAGCGGAUCGCCGGCGUCGCGGCGCCCUGGCCGGACUUUUGUAUCGUACUCGUUCGCCGUUAUUAUUUCUUUGUUGUGUCAUGAAGAGCGACCUUAACGGAGAAUGAAGCCAAGCACGUUUUCCAAGAUCAACUGGCGAGGCAGUUCCUCUUUGCGAUGAUACACGUAUAUUUGUAUAUAUUGAAGACAAAAUUUUUUAUUUGCAUCCCGGGUCGUCCUCUCGUUCGCUGCGUUCAUUCCAUCGCGGCUAGAAUUAGUUUCGGCGGAUUCUCUCGCAGGGGAGCGACGAAACGGACGCUCGGAUAAUUGUGACAAGUCUCGAAAUGGACCUUGACACUUUGUAAAUAAUUCCCGGCCCUUCCAGGGUCGCCGAUCGCCAUCGACGCGCGCGAAUAUGUAGGAAGGUGUACAUAGAGAAGAGAGAGAGAAAAAUAAGAAAAUCACGGGACGUGAAAAUCGGCCCGAAAGGCCCGAGGUCGGUCUGUUCUCCGAGUGCUCGCGGAUUCUUACAUGGUCAUAUCUAAUGUACGGUCAUUUACGUGGGCUCGUCAUCGGAUCAUGGUCACCAUUUUCGUAGCCGUCCCCGGGACCGUCGUCCGUUUACCUCCCGACGCAAUGACGUUCCGUCACUUGCCCUUUCCGAUAAAUUUUCCUUUUUUUCUCUCCCUAUCGCCAAAAUGAUAUAUCGGUGCCGUCUCGACGGUUCGCGAGUUCCUUCAAAACGCGGAAUUUUUUUCUUUUUAUCAUUGCCCGCUUUAUCGGUAAUUUCCCGUAGCACGGAAUUUUGAUAAAUUUCUUGGGACGUGUGUUUCGAUGAUUGCCCAUUUUUUUUUUUUUUUUCUCGACGACUAUUUGACGACGCGCUGACUAGAUCCGUCGAACGACGGACGCUUGCCGAGGGAGGCGUCUACGUUGCAUGCCUAGGAGUACAUAAUAUUAAUUACGGCGUCUACGUACGACGGUACAUACGGAUAAGCGCGCUGGAGAGAGGGAGAAAAACAGAGCUAACGCACCUGUGCAGUUUUUAAUUGCAAGUGCAGCAGAGAGAGAGACCCCUCUGACCUCGAUUGCUCCAAUUCCUCUUUCGUUUAAGUACCAUUAGACUCGCGCGAGAACGGUCCGCGGAACCGGAGACAAUUAAGGCUACUUGUACAAAUUUAGUUGUCGGUAUACAUAGAUACAUACAUACAUAUAUAUAUAUAUUUGGAGAUGGAUCGCGACCGCUUCAAGGAGGACUUUGUACAUAACCUGUCU